CAUUAACAGCUUUACUGUCUCUGCAUCUGUAUCUUUGUAUCUUUUGUAACCUCGGCAUCAAAAUGAUCUCAAACAAAAAGUCAUAUGCAAUGAAAAUGCUUCAAUUGGCGUUGGCCUUGAGUCUGCUUCACGUUGACACGGAUUACUCAUUGCUGCAGCAGCAACUUCGUCGCUGGGAUGCCCAGUUGGAGCUGCCCCAUGGCGAUGGCAACUGGGAGCUGGAAAUGCUGCGUACAGUGCCCAUGAUUGAGACGCAGCAUCCGUAUGGCAAUCGCAAAGGGAUGACACCGUUGAUUGAGGAUCUAUUGCGUUUCGAUGAGCCACAUCCUCAUGGCACGGGCGGGGAGUACACAGCUGGCGGGGAAUACAAACUGCCUACGGGUAGCUUCAAUGCCAGCACCUUUGUGAUGAAUCUACACAACACCACCGGCAAUAGCAGCGUCCAGACGGCAGCUCUGCAGGAUCUACAAAGUAAUCCGAGCAGUGGAGCAGCUGGUUCGGUGGUCAGCGUAGGUGCAACAACGGCAGCUGACAAUGUUGGAGCAAGUGCAGCACUUGGCGAAAUCCACAUCAAUACCACAAGCAACAAUUCAACACUGGCCGCCACACAGGAAUUGGAUAUAUUUCUAUCACCCGAUUUGCUGCAGGAUCAACGCUCGAUAUGGGAACAGAAUCUGGCUGAUUUGCAUGAUUAUGGUGACCUACCCUUUAGUAAUCCCUAUGCCAAUCUACCGCUCAAAGAUGGCCAACAGCAGACGCACAACAACACACAAUUGGAUCUCAGUCUGGCUGCAUUUAUUCACGGAUUCGCCGGCAAUGCUAAUGUUCUCAAUCAACAUAAUGUUGAAUCUCCAAAUGCGCUCAAUGAUAGCACUCCACAUCCCAGCAAUUCGGGAAGUCUAACUGUCUUUGGUUCCGAUAACGACGAUGAUGAUGACGAUAAUGAGGAUGAUCUGCUGUUGAGUCGACUCUUUGGCGAGAAUAAUUCCGAUACGGAUACGGAUUUAAACGAUUGUGGCAGUGUCGCAAAUGCCUGCGAAGUUGAGGGUUUAACAAGCGAGGAACCUUUUGGCAUUGUCAACGAAGUGGAAGUCGUCGAGGAGGAAAGUGAAAUCGCUGAAGUGCUUUAUAAGCAGGAUGUCGAUUUGGGCUUUAGUCUCGAUCAGGAGCAGAUCAUCAAUGCCUCCUAUGCUAGCGGCAAUAGCGCUACCAAUGGACGCACCAAGGACUCCGACGGCAAAGACGAGGAGGAUGAGAAGGAGGGCAAGAAGAUCAAAGCUGAUGAGAAAGAUAAGCAUGCUACCAAUGAUGAUAUCGAGAAGCUGAAAGCUUUGGCAGAGCUUCAACAAGAUAAGACUAAUGCUGAGGAAAAGGACCCAACGCAGGACCUGGAUGAUCUAUCGAUUGAAUGGAAUGGCGUACCCUUUACUAUUGAUAAUGAAACUGGUGAAUACAUUCGCUUGCCAUUGGAUGAGCUACUCAACGACGUGCUGCAACUCUCUCAGUUCCCACUAGAAGACGACGAGCUUCCCAACGAUUCGGUUGCAUCCACAUCGCAGGCUGCCGCUGCAGCUUUGAAUAGCAAACCCGCUGCUAGAGUUGUUUCUGAAACUGGUGAGGAUUUGGUGUACGGUGAUAAGGAAGACGACGAGUCCAAGGAUAAAGAAGACAACGAGGCAAACUUCGCUGGCAGUGACUUUGAGGAUCUGCAGGAUUCUGUGGGCUCGCCCCUGUUCGAUUUAGAUGAGGAGGCCAAAAAGGAAUUAGACGAAAUGUUACAAUCAACGGCACCGCCCUAUCACCAUACCCAUGCCCAUCCCCACGCCCCCCAUCCGCAUCCCCAUCACUCGCAUCAUCAUGCGGCGGCGGCGGCGCAUCAUCAUCAUCAUGCCCAUCAUGCCGCCGCUGCGGCAGCUGCACAUCAGCGAGCGGUGCAAGCGAGCGCCAACUAUGCCACCGUUGGCAGCGCCUCCGGCAGCGCCUUUCAGCGUCAGCCGCCAACCACAGCCGGCUUCCAUCAUGGUCAUCAUCAGGCACGCAUGCCGCGUCUGAAUCGCAGUGUCUCCAUGGAGCGUCUACAGGAUUUGGCCACCUACUUUAGCCCCAUACCGAGCAUGGGCGUGGUUGGCGGCGUCUCCGAUAUGCCGCCGUAUCCUCCGCAUUAUUCCAGCUACUCAUACCAGAGUCCGGCUGCAGCAGCGGGCAUGCCACCCAGCGCCCAACACGCUGCCCCAUACGGACAUGGACAUGGACAGGCAGCUGCAACAUUGCCACCACCGCCGCCACCGCAUCAUAGUCACAGUCAUGGUCACACUCACAGUCACAGUCAUGGUCAUCAUGCUGCCAUGUUGGGUGACCUCUGCUCGGCUGCCGGCGGUCAACCGCAUUAUGGCCACAAUUUGGGCUCAGCCGUCUCAUCCAGCAUGCACUUGACCAACUCCAGCCACGACGCUGACGGCGCUGCCGCUGCUGCUGCCGCUGCCGCCGCCGCUGCUGGCAGCAACUAUAAGAUGGAGCACGAUAUGAUGUAUUAUGCGAAUACUUCUUCGGACAUGAAUCAUUCGGAUGGUUUUAUUAACUCGAUUUUCAAUGAUGAGGAUCUUCAUUUGAUGGAUAUGACAGAAAGUUUCUGUCGCAUGGUGGACAACAGCACAAGCAACAACUCCUCGGUGCUGGGAUUGCCGAGCAGUGGACAUGUGAGCAACGCGGGCAGCUCGACAGUGACGGGCGGCAAUCACGCGAAUGUGAAUGCGGUACCUGGUGGCGGUGUUGUUGGCGUUGGCGUUGGCGCUGUUGCCGGUGGCGGUGGCGUCUCCUCUAUGAGUGGCGCUGGAGCUGUGGGCGGUGCUGGUGGCAUGACCAGCGAUCUAUUGGCUAACGGUGGUGGCGCUCAGGGUGGCGCCGAUCGCUUAGACGCAUCCAGUGACAGUGCCGUGAGCUCGAUGGGCUCCGAACGCGUUCCCUCGCUCUCCGACGGCGAGUGGGGCGAGGGCAGCGACUCUGCCCAGGAUUAUCAUCAGGCCAAGUACGGUGGACCCUAUGACUUUAGCUACAACAACACACGUCAGCCGCCAGUGGCCCAGAAGAAGCAUCAAUUGUAUGGCAAGCGUGAUCUUCACAAGCAAACUCCCAGCAGCCUGCCACCAACGGCGCCACCUGUGGCAGCCACCGCACAGACACAGUCACAGCAACAGCAGCAGCAACAGUCGCAGGUGCAGAGCAUCAAGUAUGAGUUUGAGGCAGGUCCGACGACCUUUACGAGCAUGCAACGCAGUGGCAGCGUCGGUGAGGCAGCCGCCAUGGCACCCGUUCUGGCCAAGGAUUAUCAUCAGGCCUAUGGGAUGAGUGCGAGCAGCGCCUUCACGGCGGAUUACGGCAUGCCACGUGCCCCAUUGACGCCCCAGGAUCUGGUGCAACUGAAUCACACCUACGCACUGCCACAUGCCACUGGAUCCCUGCCCCAGGGAAGCGGCUCGCUAACCAGACCCCAGGCACGUGACAAGAAGCCAGUUGCCGGCACCAAACAGUCAUCGAAGUCCAGCAGCAAUGCCUCCUCCCUGGAGGAUGAGCACCUGUCGCGGGAUGAGAAGCGAGCUCGUUCCCUCAACAUCCCCAUUCCCGUUUUGGAUAUCAUCAAUUUGCCCAUGGAUGAGUUCAAUGAGCGGCUGUCCAAGUACGAUUUGAGCGAGAAUCAAUUGUCGCUCAUACGCGACAUUCGGCGUCGUGGCAAGAACAAGGUGGCAGCUCAGAACUGCCGCAAGCGUAAGCUCGAUCAGAUACUCACCCUGGAGGAUGAGGUGAACACGGUGGUGAAGCGCAAGACGCAAUUGAAUCAGGAUCGCGAUCAUCUCGAAAGUGAACGCAAACGAAUUUCCCACAAGUUUUCCAUGCUGCAUCGCCAUGUUUUCCAGUAUCUGCGCGAUCCCGAGGGCAAUCCCUGCUCGCCAACUGAUUACAGCUUGCAACAGGCUGCCGAUGGUUCGGUCUAUUUGUUGCCACGCGACAAGACCAACGACAGCGGCAACACGGCAACAGCUGCUGCCAGCGCUGCGGCUGCACCGCAGGCGUCGUUGCACAGUCAUCAGAGUCAUCAUCAGGUGCAACAACAGACGCAGCAUGUGCCACUGCAACAGCAGCAGCAGCAAUCGCGACUGCCGCCACAUUUGCAACAGCAGCAAGCGACAACACACCAUCAGUUGCUGCCACAACAGCAGCAGCAACAGCAACAACAGUCACAACAACAACAGCAACAGGCGCCACAUCAACAUCAGCACCACAAGGAAUGAAAGUAUCUGCUGCGAAUAGCCGCAACAACGAGCUGGUUGUCUAACUUUCAGCAACAGCAGCAACAAUUGCAGCAGCAACAAUUGCACUGGCAACAGCAGCUACAGCUACAACAACAAUGUUACGAUUAUUACAACAACAGUGAUUUGUAUUACUGAUUCAUUUUGUAGUUUACCAUUUGUAAUUGUUGUUGCUGCUGCAAUGUUCAUCACCUUUUCAUGGUCACUGGAUUGUUGCUGUCGCCUGAGAAAAUGUUGCUGGCAACAUUUGCUGCUAAGGAGAAAAGCAAGCUGAGUUUCUGCAUCGGGAUUUGCACAUCCCUUCUUCCUCUUUCCUCUCUCUCUCUCUAUCUCUCUCGCCCUCAUUCGCAUGGUUUAUUUUUUAUUACUUUUAUAAAGAUGCUUGUUAUUUAUUUUUAAACUCUUGAGAAAUUGCCUUUUAUAUUCUUUAUUAAUUAAAUGGCUUUUGCAAAUUGUUAUAUUCCUUACACUUUCGCUUUUUUGAAAAUAGAACAAAUGUCAUGAAUUGUGAUAAAUAAUUGGUAUAAAUUUCAUAUUAGUUGAUUGAAAAUCCGACAAGCAGCCAACAGAAAAAAAAAAUAGUAACAAUAUCUGGAAGUUUAUAUUUUUUAGAUACAUUUUUUGUAAAUCAUUAUCCUCUCCAUAGUAUCAUUCAUUACAAAACACAACUUAUCAACGCGUCGUCCAAAAUGAAUUUUGAUGCUAAAAACCAUUUACAUUUACAUAAUAUUAGUCUGUAAAAUAAACAUAAAUAUGAGCACAUGUAUAAAUAGCUGUUAGGUUUAAAUUGUAAAGGUUUGAAACGGAAAGAAAAAUAUUGCUGGACAUUUCAUGGACUCGCUCGUAAGACGCCUAGUUUUUAAUAAACAAACAAACACACACACACACACACCCAACACACACUUCCACACAAACACACACAAAGUAAAUUAAAGUUAGCGUAUUAUUUACUAAUACUUUUAAGGUUUAGCUCAUAAACAUCUUGUAAAUACAUAAACAUAAUUAAUUAGUUAACUUAGUUUAUUCACUCUAAUCCACUCGGAGCAUUAGGCCAGAGCUAAAUGUAAAUUAAUAACAACUAAGUAACCACAAAGAAACUAAAAAAAAAAGAAAAAAAUCUACAAAAACAAAGGUCGCUCUGACAGAAAAACAAAAAAGAAAUAUUAAUAUUUAAUAUUCUUAACAAAAUGUCCUAUUGCAUAAAGAAAGAGUUGAAAAACCAGAACUUAUUUAUAUGAUGUACACAGAUCAGAUACAAAUAAACAAAAAAAAAAAGCAAAACGGAAAAGAAAACUAUUGUUAAAUACAUAUACAUGAAUAUAUAAAUAUAUAUAUUUAAAUUGUUGCAAUUAAUUUCGCGCAUCUCAAAAUAAUUAUCGCAAAACCGGAAACAAAAAA